GGUGGCUAGAACGGCUGGUUGCCAUAGAGAUGAGAAUACCGGCUUGCUUUUGCCGCGCCGUAGAGACUGUGGAGAGAGCGGCUGCUGUUGCCAUAGAGACCAUAAGGCUGCCUGUGGCGCUGUGCUGGGGAAUUCAGCAGUGAGAAGAAUGAGUGGCCUUCCCCAGGGCUCUUCCCUGGCCUCCCCUGUCCAUGCAGCGGCCAUAACAGGGGACAAGGCCACUCUGCUGCGCCUUAUUGGCUCCAGCCCAGACCUUAUAGACCAGGAGGACCAGCUUGGUCGGACACCCCUCAUGUACAGCGUGCUGGGGGAUUGCAGGACGUGCGUGGAGGCUCUUAUCCGUGCCGGGGCCCAGGUGAACCGUUCUGAUAGGAGUGGGAGGACGGCGGUACACUUGGCGGCGCAAACUGGGAACCAUCGCCUACUGAAACUCCUCCUGUCUCGUAGGGCGGACUGUACAAACCGCGAUCUGCGUGACAUCACCGCCUUACAUCUCUCCACCCGUCACCAGGAUACUCGCUGCCUGGCCCUCCUUCUGAAACACACUCCACCCGGUCAAGUAGACGCCCAGGAUCAAAGAAAGCAGACGGCACUGCACUGGAGCGCCUAUUACAACCGCCCGCGCCACGUCAGGCUGUUGGUGAGGCAUGGGUCCAACAUUGGCAUCCCUGACCAAGAAGGGAAGAUACCGCUGCACUGGGCGGCCGGACAUAAAGACCCCGAAGCCGCCCUAACCGUGCGUUGUUUGUUGGAAGCAGCCCCGACAGAGUCUUUACUGAACUGGCAAGAUUACGAAGGGCGCACGCCUCUCCAUCUCGCGGUUGGGGAUGGUAAUCAAGAAGUGGUUCGGCUCCUUACGUCCUAUCGGGGAUGUAACGUGGCACCAUAUGACAAUCUCUUCCGUACCCCUCUACAUUGGGCGGCACUGUUGGGUCACACGCCCAUUGCCAGUCUGCUUCUGGAAAGAAACCGUUCUCCUAAUAUACCCUCCGACAGUCAGGGGGCGACACCUCUGCAUUAUGCAGCCCAAGGGAAUUGCCCCGAUACUGUACGGGUUUUGCUCACUCACCUUUCUGUGAGGGAUGAAGCGGAUCUAGAGGGCCGCACUGCGUUUAUGUGGGCGGCUGGGAAAGGAAGUGACAAGGCACUAAAAGUUAUGUUGGAGCUCGACCCUGAACUUGACAAAAAUAGAACGGAUAAAUAUGGCGGAACCGCCCUCCAUGCCGCCUCCUUAUCUGGGCAGAUUAGUACCGUGCGCAUUCUCUUAGAUAACGGUGCCCACGUCGAUGCAGCAGAUGUUAUGAAACAUACACCACUUUUCAGAGCUUGCGAAAUGGGGCACAGAGAAGUAAUCUCUACUUUACUGAAAGGCGGUGCAAAGGUUCAUCUUGUGGACAAGGAUGGACGCUCUCCGCUGCAUUGGGCAGCCUUAGGAGGCAAUGCCAACGUAUGCCAGAUACUUAUGGAAAAUAAUAUUAACCCUAAUGCCCAGGAUUAUGAAGGAAGGACUCCUCUGCACUGUGCAGCCUAUGGAGGCUAUAUUGGCUGCAUGGAAGUAUUAAUGGAAAAUAAGGCAGAUCCCAACAUCCAAGAUAAAAACGGCCGCACGGCUCUGCACUGGUCCUGCAACAACGGCUACUUAGAUGCAGUUAAACUACUUCUACACUAUAAUGCUUUCCCCAACCAAAUGGAGAGCACCGAAGAAAGAUACACUCCACUAGAUUAUGCAUUGCUUGGUGGGCAUCAGGAGGUAAUACAAUUUAUGCUAGAACACGGAGCCCUCUCUAUUGCUGCUAUACAAGAUAUUGCUGCUUCCAAAAUUCAGGCAGUCUACAAGGGGCAUAAAGUGCGGAGAGCUUUUAGGGACAGGAAAAACCUGUUAAUGAAACAUGAGCAGUUGAGGAAAGAUGCAGCAGCCAAAAAGCGAGAGGGUGAAAAUAAGAGGAAAGUAAGAAGUGGUCAACAGGCGAAAGAUAGUCAGAAAGAAGAAAAGCUGGCAAAAUCACCAGAAGUCUUAAGGGACAAGCAGGAAAGCCAUGUUGGUAAUAAGGAACAAUGUAAGGAAAGCAAAGAAGUAAGACAGAAAGAGCUUUGCAAUAAGACUAAGCUUUACCAAGAAGGUAGCAAGUCCCCAAGGCUCCAAGAUAUUAUUGUGGUUCAAAGCAGAACUAGUCCUAGAAAAGCAGGUCAACACCAAAGCACUUCAUCUCCAAGUCCACAAUCUGAGGAGAAAUAUCAUGAAGAUGACCCAAAUAGGGCACAGGAUGAUAGUAAGAAAUGUAGACAUAGAAGAGAUGGCAGCAAUAUCACCACGCCUGAGAAAGUGCAUCACGACCACAAAGAAAGUAAUAGGAAAUCACACAAGGAGAGCAGAGAAGGUUCUGGAUCUUCUGGAAGGCUAGAGAAUAGCAGUAAAGGUGAUGGAAACAAACAGGAAAAAGUCCAUUCUGACAAUAUCCAUAAAGAAGAAGCCAUACUGAAGAAAAGCACCAGAACACACAGGCAUAAAAGAGUGGACCUGGAUGUGGUGACCCAAAAGUUAGGAGCUUAUAAUAUUACAGAAUCAAAAUCCACAAGAAAAAAAAAAGAAUCUACAAAUUCAAUAGUCCCGAUAGAAAAUACAGAUAAUAAUGCCCAACAUGGAGAACUGUCUGAGAAACAAAAGCAUCACCAAAGAAGCUUUUCGGCCAGAUCUGGACAGAGACCAGGCACUGGGAAACUGUCCAAGAGUGAGGACAAGAAAUCUUCAGGAAAGGUACAUCGGAGCUCUUCUGGUUCCCACUCAAGCAGGAUUAAACAUGAAGACAUGGAAGGAAAAACAGCAACCUGCUCUCCAUCCAGUGAUAUCAGCUUCAGGAGGUCACGGACAAUCCCCAUUCCCAGAGAAUCUGCAAAGCUCGGCCAAAGUGUUGUGGACUGGCAGCAGCUGGACACUAAACUUAUUCCUUUGGAAGAAAUGCUGCAGUUAGUGGAGAGGGCGAAGGCGAUGAAGGAACUCUUUCGGCACAAAAAACAAGCUGCUAUAGUUAUUCAGAGGGCCUGGCGAAAGUACCGAAGCAGGAGAAAGCGCAGCAGUAUGAAGUCUUUGCACUCUACGCAUAACAAAUAGUAGACAUUGACUGCAUGCCUUGUACUUGAACAUUGUAUUGCAUUUCUUUAUAUAGGUUAGGCUGGAUAAAUAUUUAUUUAGAAACUUAUAAUACUGCUACCCCUGAUGUCAUGUGCCACAUUAGGGUGUUGCCAAAAGCUGGCAGCUGUCAAAUCCUCAUUUCCAAAGGCAGUUUUGUAAAGUGACCCCCAAGGCACAGAGUUUUAUACAAGACUCAAGGUUUACAUUUUGUGUUUUUUUUAAAUAUAUAUUUAGCUCAUAUGCCUUAUAGACAGUAGGCAGAAGACAAUAGAAAUAGACAGGCUAAGGCUAACACCUGUAUUGUAUUUUCUGUUCUGCUCGGUCAUUGGUGCAGAACAAUGAAGACACCACAGAGGGAUUUGUCACACAUGAAAGGUGCCCGACAAACCCUAUUGACUGCAUGGUGUCAGUCAGUUUAUCAUAUAAAUUAGGGCAACAUGUUGUGCUAUUUUGUUAGGUAUUGAUGAAACCUGAGAGACAACCAAUGAAGCCACCAAGUGUGAACCCAAUUAUUCACUGAACUGUUUCCUUGAGGGGGGGUUGAUCUUAUCAACAGUACAAAUAUGGGGCAGUGAAAGGCAGAUCUUUCUCUCUCUCUGGUAUAAGUUGGUACAAGUUUUGCCCAUAUCUAUUAGGCUAGAGCUACAUGGCAAUUUCUGUUUGUGCAACCAUAUAACACUGUGUUGCGCUGCCAUGGUCACAUGCAAGUUAAAUUGGUCACGCUGCUACUCCCAAGUGGCCUCGACUGUGCAGUUGAAGCCACUUGUGGGUUGCAAUGUGUCCACAUUCAUUUGCAUGAGUUGCAGUGCCAGGUGACUACAGCACCGCAACAUAGUGACUUUGUUCCAUGACCAGAAACAGCCGUGUAGCUCCAGCCUUAAAGGGGUACUCUGGUGAAAAUUAUAAUUUUUUAAAAAAAUCCACUGGUGCCAGAAAGUUAAACAGAUUUGUAAAUUACUUCUAUCAAAAAUCUUAAUCCUUCCAGUACUUAUCAGCUGCUGUAUUCCCCACAGGAAGUUCUUUUCUUUUUAAAUUUCUUUUUUGUCUGACCACAGUGCUCUGUUGACACCUAUCUCCGCAACUGUCCAGAGCAGGAUAGGUUUUCUAUGGGGAUUUGCUCCUACUCUGGACAGUUCUUGAGACAGACAGAGGUGUCAGCAGAGAGCACUGUGGUCAGACAGAAAAUAAAUUUAAAACGAAAAGAACUUCCUCUGUAGUCUACAGCAGCUGAUAAGUACUGGAAGGAUUAGUAUUUUUAAAUAGAAGUAAUUUACAAAUCUGUUUAACUUUCUGGCACCAGUUAAUAAAAAAAAAAGUUUUCACCAAAGUACCCUUUAAGCAUCAAACUUUGUUAUCCUUAUAGAGCACACAGCAUUAUAACUAAAUGUGUUAUCCCAAGAUCAAAUGUUAUUUCCUAUGCACAGGAUAGGGGAUAACUAGCUGAUCAGUGAGGGGUUCGACCAAUCCCCAGAACAGAAGCUUGUUCUGAACUCUGCAGGGUUUAGAAGCUCCUUAGAGAAUCAAUGGAGAUUUGGCCACACAUGGUGAAGUCACUAUUUGUCGGCCAAUGCACCUCUGUUUUCAGGACUUGUGGGGGGCCCAGCAGUCACCGCUGAGGUAGUGGUCCCCUAAUCUCUGUAUAGGGGAUAACCCUUUUAAAUUAUAAACAAGCUUGGAGUUUGAGAUGCUUUGCAGUAUUAUAUUCCUCGUUAUGGACCAACCAGUCCAUGCUUUUGUAUGUGCAGUAGCCAAGUCCCUAGUAUACAUUAAUAAACUAUGAGAAUGUCACCUGCUCCUGUUAAACUAUCUAAAGCAGUGGUCCUCAAGGCCCACCAACAUUCCGUUUUUUCCCCCCAGUUACUCCAUUGCAAUACAACAAGGAAAAUUUUAAAUCCUGGACACUUAGUGGCCUUGAGGACUGGUUGGGAACCUCUGGUCUAAAGUAGUAAUAAACUCUCUCCAUAUUCCUGUAUUAGGCCAGUUUCACACAAGCGUGUAAAGUUCAUAAUAAGGAUGAAAAAUCAUGCAUGUAAGGGUAGGUUAACAUUAUGUUCAUGUCACUAGGUAACCAUACAGCUAUAGAAAUUAACGGGGUUCGUUAACACAAUAAUAAGUGGACAUCCUGUUUAUGGCGGGAUAUGACAAACAGGAGCACGAACGUAGAAAAUGUGGGAAACUAACCUAAAUCCUGGCCUGACUGCAUUUCUGAUGACCCGAACAGACACCUGGCAGUUCAAGUCAUCAGACCAGUGGUCAGGCUGGGACGUGCCUAGGAAAUAUGGACACAAAAGUUUGUGUGUAAGAUGCUCUGUGAAUACAGCAUUUUACUGCUUAAUCCCUCCAACCAGCUAGCUGGAGGACAAUUGUCUUAAAGGGGUCAUCUUAUGAAUCAUUUCCAUACCAAAAGCCGUGAACUUAGGUUUUCACACAGGUUUUUCUCUGACUUUUUUGGAAAAUUGCCAUUGCAGUUUUUAAACCAAACUCAGAAGUGGAUCCAGUAGGAAGGAGAAGUAUAAACCCUUUAUAUUUGCUAUUCCUUUUAAAUACAUUUCAGGCUUUUGCUCAGUGGUAAUUUUCCAAAAAACACCAAAAAAAAAAAUUAAAAAAAAAACACACCUGUGUGGAACCCUAGCCCAAAAGGUUUCUCCUUCUUCCCAGUUCUGGACAAUCUCUUUAAUUUAUUAAGUAUUAUCAGGCAGUUUUCCAAAACCUAUUUUAUCUUUUUUAUUUUAUAACCUACAAAAUCCAAGCCUGGUAACUUUGCUAUAGGUAACUAGUUGUCAGGCAGAAAUUUGAGGCGGGUCAAUCAGAUUUGAGGCGAAUUUAAUCUGUGAGGCGCACUGUAUAUAGUGAUAAAGAGUAUGUUUACGUGUAAAUAUCAUUUUAAUGAAAUAUAUUUAGCCAUUGUACAUUCAGAAGUUGAUGCCAAAAGUUUUGGAAAACAUUGAAUGUUCUCUAUUUUAUAAAACAUUUUGUAUUGAUAUUUUUCUAUCCACCUAUUGAUGGCAAGUGCCU